GCACUUUUCAGGACGCGCCCGUCGGCAGCUAACUUCAGAGGACCCCGAGCUAGCAUGUCUGCAUUGACCGUAUGCUACCAGGCUAAUAAUCUGAGUGGCUCGGACGAAAAGCUACAUCCGACGGAGUUAAAAAAAUGGAGGAAGUCAAAGUAAAGAAGGAGAUUGAUCUUUCAGACCCCGCCGAGAUUGAGAACAGGAUCAAAGAGCUGUGCCAGCAGUUUCCUCACGGCAUCACAGACCAGGUGAUACAGAAUGACCUGCCUCACCUGGAGCCUCAGCAGAGAGCCAUGGCCAUCAACAAGCUGUUGUCACUGGGUCAGCUGGACCUGCUGAGGAACAGUUCAGGUCUCUUGUACAGACUGAAGGAUUCUCAGAGCACCAGUAAGAUGAAAGGUUCAGACAACCAGGAGAAGCUGGUUUAUCAGAUCAUUGAGGACGCAGGAAACAAAGGGAUCUGGAGCAGAGAUAUCCGCUUCAAGAGUAACCUUCCUUUGACCGAGAUCAACAAGAUCCUGAAGAACCUGGAGAGCAAGAAACUCAUCAAAGCUGUGAAAUCUGUCGCUGCGUCCAAGAAGAAGGUGUACAUGCUGUACAACCUGCAGCCGGACCGCUCAGUGACGGGGGGCGCCUGGUACAGCGACCAGGACUUUGAGUCCGAGUUCGUUGAAGUUCUGAACCAGCAGUGUUUCAAGUUCCUCCAGAGUAAGGCUGAAGCAGCGAGGGACAGCAAACAGAGCCCGAUGGUCCAGAGGAACAGCUCCUUCGCCACCUCGCAUGAAGUCUGGAAGUACAUCUGUGAGCUGGGAAUCAGCAAGGUGGAUCUGUCCAUGGACGACAUCGAGACCAUCCUGAACACACUAAUCUAUGACGGGAAGGCGGAGAUGACCGUCAUCGCCGCCAAGGAGGGAACGGUGGGCAGCGUGGAUGGACAGAUGAAGCUUUACCGUGGAGUGAACCCCAUCAUCCAGCCCACGGGGCUGGUGAAGACACCCUGCGGACUCUGCCCGGUGUUUGACGACUGUCAUGAAGGAGGAGAAAUCUCUCCGUCCACCUGCAUCUACAUGACGGAGUGGCUGGAGUUCUGACAGCUGCUCGUCUCUCUGCUCUUUUGUCUGUGAUGAAAACCUGUUGACUUUCCACUGAUCUGUGAUGUCCUUUGUUUUUAUUUAAUAAAACAGAAAACCUGAA